AUGAUGGAACUCGAAGGUCGCAGCGAGUCCAUCUUCAUUGUUACUACUAUCUUUCUCGGUCUCUCGUUUAUUGCCGUGUGUUUACGAUGCUUUGUGCGACUGCACCUUGUCAAGGCAUUUGGCUGGGAUGAUGCGUUGAUGGUGUGCGCAAUGCUGGUCAAUGUCUUGUUCGCUCUUUGCGGUAUCACCGGCGCAUUAUAUGGACUCGGUCAGAAGAAUGCAGUGGUUGUAAAAAGGAGAACUUUCGAAACGGCAAUGUUUUGGUGGUGGCUCGGCCAAACUAGCUAUGUCUGGGCUUGCGCGUUGGCCAAGGUCUCCAUCGCAUUCGCCCUUCUUCGCUUGACCGUCUCUAACAGACACAAACUUAUUAUAUAUGGUGUCAUUGCCGUCACCACCAUCGUUGGUCUUGUCUUCUGGUUCAUGUUGACCCUGCAAUGCCAACCUGUCUCCUUCUUCUGGCAACGAGUGCGCGCCUACGAAGACCCCGGUAAUCAAGUCGCUGGAAGCUGCAUGAACCUCGACAACAUCAUUACCGUGGCUUAUGUCUACAGUGUCACUGCUACACUCUGCGAUUUUACCCUCGGUAUUUUGCCUGCAUUCCUGGUGUGGAACUUGCAGAUGAACAGAAGGACCAAGAUUGCCUUGACAGGCAUUCUGGGAUUGGGCUGCAUUGCAAGCUCCGCUGUCAUCGUCCGCAUUCCCUAUUUGCACAACUAUAAGGACGAAAAUUUCCUAUGGGCAACAGCCAACAUUUCAAUCUGGUCCAACGUCGAAGCCGGCCUCGGAAUCGCCGCAGGCAGUCUCGUCACCCUCCGGCCCCUCUUCCGGUGGUUCCGCGACCCCAGCUCCAAGGGCGGCAGCAAAAGCAAAAGCAAGCGCACCAACGGCGCCAGCAUGCCCCUCUCCAGCGUCAAUGCCGUCCGAUCCAACGCCUCCGGCUCCGGUCCGACUUACUGGCGGCCCGACUUAGACAGGGACGACUCUCCUGCCGUGGUCACCACUAUCCACACCUCAAACCACGACAGUCGCACAAGCAGCCAAGAAGACCUCAAUCCCAAAAAUGGGGGGACGUUUUUUCAUGGUGUGAACGUGCAGAAAACUUUCUACGUCUCAGAAGAUCAGGCGUCAUAG